AUGCACUACGUGGGAGACCAGGAAGUAGUGCACAUUGCGACACGGAGCAGCCAUCAUCAAAUCACGGCGGGUUGCUGCAUACCUCAUUUGACCCUGCUCGCAGAGACUAUCGCCGGCACGAGCGCCCAUGGUGGUGGUACGCUGUGGUUCGACGGGGCCAACCUGUCGACUGCUCUCGCGCCUCUGGCGGCCGUUUGUGAAGGUCGCGAUGCCGUGCUGUCACGGACCAACUUCUGCAUUGGCGCGGCAUUGCGAGCGACAUUGGGUUCAUGCCUGGCGGUUGGUUUAAAUGUGCACGCUUUCUCGUUGCCCGUGCGCCAGCUCGCUGUGAGCCGCGCUUGGCUUCAUGUUACGAAGCGAAUUGACUUGAAUGUGAAUGAAUCGUUCGUGAAUUUCCGGUAA